UAAGAACCCUCUCCACUCAACCUUACAACUUUCCUACCCAUACCUACCCAUACCUACCCACAUCAGAUAAGCAUCAUACGGUAUCAAUCCGUGAUAGAAAUGAUGCUGUCUUCGUCGCGAAGAGCAGCCACCUUAGCUCUAAGAGCGAAGCCGACACCUCGUAUUAUCCCUCUGCAGCCCCUCGCCUCCAUCUCGACCACCUCUAAGAACGAUGCUACGUCCGUGACCCCCCACGGCUCUACGGGCCUCGCCUACCGUCCGCGCAGAGAAAUCCCGCUCGCCAGCCAAGAACCCAAGAAGGGCGUCAUCCAAUAUACCCUGACCACACUAGACCAGAUCGCCAACUGGGCGCGGCAAUCGUCCUUCUGGCCGAUGACGUUCGGACUCGCGUGUUGCGCUGUGGAAAUGAUGCACGUGUCGACGCCGCGAUACGACCAGGACAGGCUAGGAAUUAUUUUCCGAGCGUCACCACGACAGUCGGAUGUUAUGAUCGUGGCAGGCACACUGACCAACAAGAUGGCGCCGGCGCUACGACAAGUAUACGAUCAGAUGCCGGAGCCGCGCUGGGUCGUCAGCAUGGGCAGCUGCGCCAACGGCGGCGGCUACUACCACUAUAGCUACAGCGUCGUGCGCGGCUGCGACCGCGUCGUCCCCGUCGACGUCUACGUCCCCGGCUGCCCGCCCACCAGCGAGGCCCUCAUGUACGGCAUCUUCCAGCUCCAGCGCAAGAUGCGGAACACCAAGAUCACGAGGAUGUGGUACAGGAAGUAAACUAGAGGGCUGGGGAUGGGGGGAUGGAGAGAUGGUAAUGAAUGGGAACGGCGAGAUCAUCCGGUUCCGGCUUUUUCAGCCGAGUCCCGACGGCGCGGCGAUAGAUCGCCUUUCUCUUUUGUCGAGGAGUGACGUACUGUACAUAAGACACCGCGGGCUAUAUACAUUCGUAUCUGAAUGGUUUACGCAGUGGGAGCGUAAAGCUUUUACGCCCGCCUCUUGAGAAAUGCAAUUGGGAUUUGCCUAGCUCUACAGAAGGAAGCCAUUUGUUCCAGUUUAACAUUUAAGUUGCGUAACUUGUAUGUUUCUUAUUAGCCUCGUGGGGUCUCAUAAAACGGUUAGUUCAUACCUGGGGAAGCCAUGCUUGACUUUUGAGUUUUGCGAGACUUCCUUGGAAUUAGAGAGGGAUAUUUGAAGAAGGUAGACUUCAGGGGUUCAAUUGCCGAAGUAUGUCCGGUUGGUUGCAUCCCUCUAGGUUAAUUCACUUAUAAGUUUAACUU